AGGGCAUUCUCCAAAAUGGCGGAUCAUUUUGAUGAGAAGAGCGGAGUUGUUCCAUCAGAAACCUCCUGGGGAAAUUGGGCGCAAACGAUUGAUGAAGUUUUCAUCGAGGUCAAUGUACCCAAAGGAACUAAGGGAAGGGAAAUUUCUUGUGAUAUCAAGCCAAAGAGUAUAAAAUUUUGCUUAAAAGGACAGGAGUUUUUCAAGGGAGAACUCUUUGGAACUGUUUUAGCCGAUGAAAGUACUUGGGUUUUAGAGGACAAUGAGCUUGUUCGAAUUAUUUUGGUGAAAUCUGGCAGAGAUGCAGCUAACUGCUGGCAUUCACUGUUAACAAGUGAAUAUUCUGCUGACCCAUGGACAUUUAAUGAAAUGGAAAAGAAGUUAACCUUAGAAAGGUUCCAAAAAGAGAAUCCUGGCUUUGACUUCAGCAAAGCUGAUAUAUCUGGAAACUAUUCUGGAGGAGGUCCACAAUUUCCAAGCUGACAAAACGUCUUAAUGGUUUCAUAAAUAUAAUACUGAACAAGUAAAAACACAGAGAGUCUGAAAAAAACCCAUAGUUAACCAAAUGCUUCCAAGAUGCUUUGUAAUUGCUUAUUAGAACUUAUAGAUGUGAUAUUAAUCUGAAAAUGUUUGCUAGCAAGUUUUGAAAUAUUAAGUUUGUUUUAAUUUAUUCACAAUGUAAUUACCCUUGGGUUUUGCAUUUUGGUUAAAGAUCCAUCAUCAAAAGUCAUAGAACUGAAGAGAAGUAACUACAGAAAACAUACAUCUCAAUUUUCUACAUAAUUUUCGUCUAUAAACAUUUCACCAUCAUUUGGGUAAAUCCUGGCUGGAAGUGACAUGCUGCUCACCAUACUCAAUACUUAAUCAGAAAGUCAACGGCACAGUUGAAGUCAUUAGACAAAGUCAUCUCAACUCAUCUUACAUGUAGUUGGUACAAAGGGGGAGCAAAAUUAAGAAGUAUUUUUAAAAAUGCUAUGGUGGCACAAUAAGAUUACUUGUGAUCAAUUACCAGCACUUUGAUGCUUAUCUGCAGAGAACCUAAUCAGGUUGUUGGAAAAAAAAUUGGAAGCGAUUAAAAAUACCUGGCAAUUAGCUAAGAGCCAACUACAACUCUUUAUAAAAAGACCAAGACAACUUGAAACAACAAUGGUUCCAUCAAUUCCAGCCUGCUCAACUCUCCCCUCCCCCACCCACUCCUUCCAGGCAUUGUUGGGCAUUUGACAACUUUUCCUGCCUCAGGGUAGGGCAGGGUAUAGGCUAUUACCAUAGCAGGUCAACCCAGGGUAUGGUGUGGCAAUGUGAAUUCAGUUUUAAAAGGCACACAUUUUUUGUUGUCAAUUUAACAUGUCUCAAUUGCCCCAAGAGCAAAAUAUUUAAAAAUGAUAAACUAAUUGCUUGAGUCCUGUGCAUUUCUUGUGUCAGAGCCUCAACCCCACAUGUGCAAAAAUUUGUAUGUACCUGUGAAGUAAGGCGGAUGAGCGGGCUUGGAAUUAAUGGCGCCACAAGAAACAGCAUCCGUCAGCAAGAUGAAACAAAUAUUGUAAAAUACAGCCACAAAACCUAUUUGUCUUUUGUGCUGAUUGUGCAGAGAAGAUUAGAUAGUAAAAGUCUGUUGGACCAGACCAAAAAAUAAGUAAAUAAAUAAAUAACUUGU